AUGAAGCUCCCGUCUGUUGUGCUCGCUCUCACCUGCGCUGCGUCCGUCCGCGCGCAAUACUUCUCCGACGGCUGGUCCCCUGGUCAAGCAGUCACCCGUGAAGCACCUCCACCGCCCGCGUAUACACCUGGCGCACCCCCGCCUGAGUCUCAGCCAGCAGGCCGCGGUGUACCUUCGUCGUUUGACGUAUCUAACCUGCUCACGUCGGGCCCCGUCAACUCUCUCUUCAGCAAGCUCGGCGUAAACUUGACGGAGAAGCUCGAGCAGGCGAAGAAGGAGGCGGAUAUAUGGGACCACCGCAUCCCACUCAUUACGGACGACAAUUACGACGAGAUCAUCGUCAACGAGACGCUCACUGAGGAGGAGGCGGAGGAUAGGGUAUGGUUCUUGAUCAUCACCGUCUCCACUGGCGGAAAUAAUGCGUUUUCGAAAAUUGCGGACAAGCACUUCGACGAUGCAUACAACAAGACCGUCAUAGAGGGCGACUUGCCCAACGUUCGGUGGGGUCGCAUCGACUAUCUCAACGUCACAUAUAUCACGACGAAGUGGAACAUUUGGCAAGCUCCAUACAUUGUCGUCCUCACUGACCGCGGCCAGACACUCCGGUUCUAUAAGGCCAACACCGUUCGGCUGGACCCUGACACUAUUCGGGAAUUCCUGAAGGAAGAAGGCUGGCGGGAAAGCGAGCCGUGGACAAGCUCUUUUAGCCCAGGAGGGUCCAGGGAAUUUGUGAUGCACUAUUUCGCCUUGUGUAUGAAGAAGAUUUACGACGUGGUGGUCCGUGUACCAAAAUGGGUCCUCAUGGUGAUAUCCGGUGUCGUCGCCAACUUCGUCAUGAAGUGGUUCCACCAGAACGACGCUCCGCCCCCAAAGAAGACCGAAUCUAAGCCCGUCGAGAAGGCCGUGGCAAAACCGGUAGAGAAGGCUGUUGCUGGAAAAUCCGUUGAGAAGGCUGUUCCAGGAAAACCCGUUGAGAAGGCUGAUGUAAAACAUACCGAUGCGGCCGCGCCCGAGCAAGCAAGCGCGUUUCCGGCGAAGGGGAAGGGCAAGCAGCGAAAGGGUACGAAGAAGUAG